AUGAGCACCGGCAGAUUGGAGCGGAGCAUCGACCCCGGGCUACGCAAGCGUCUGCUCGAAGCCUUCAGCCGCCGCGCGGAGAGCAAAGAGCUCCACCGGGAGGACCUGCCUGCGGCUCUGGGCAUGGCCGGCUGGGCGGUGACCAAGGAAAUCAGGCUCCUCAUAGAGGAGGCAUACGACAGCUUGUUCCAGUACAACACCAUGACGCAGAAUGAGUUCCUCCAGUUCUUUGAGCACUUCCAGGCUCUGGAGAAGCAACGCGCCUUCGAGAGGCCUUCCAAACCUUCGACGCGGACGGCAGCGGCACCAUCGACUUCGAGGAGCUCGGGGCGCUCUUGGAGUCCCAGGGCAUUUUCCCGCUGCAUCAUGUGA